UCCAGGCGGUAUCUACAGGGUGGGAUGCUCCCUUUACAUGACUUACUUCCCCUUUGACCGGCACCGCUGCAAACUCACAUUCUCCUUCUGGCUGCAUAACGCCCAGCUGAUCCGGGCAAAGACCAUGACGGAGGAAGCCAUCACGGCCCUGUACGUCCCUAACGGCCAGUGGGAGCUGGAGCAGACGGAAGUCACCGAUCGGAUCAUCAGCACGAUCGGAAAUGAAUCUGAUCCCACCACCAUGGUGUCACACCUCUUCGUCCACAUUCAAAUGCGCAGGAAACCAGGCUUCUAUAUCAUGAACGUGAUCCUACCAUGUAUCUCCAUCUCCUUUCUUGUGCUGACUCUGUUUUACCUUCCAUGUGAUUCUGGUGAGAAGGUCUCCCUGGGUAUCACGGUACUGUUGGCCUUCUCCGUCUUCCAGCUGGCCGUAGCUGAUACCAUGCCAAGGGCCUUCCAUUCGACACCAGUCAUUCUCAUCUAUCUCAGCACCCUGAUGGGGAUGGCUACCAUUUCUACUGCUCAAGCCGUAUUUGUCUUAAACAUCCACCACAUGGACGGCGACACAGCCAUGCCCACCUGGUUCAGACGAUUCGUCUUUUGCUAUUUGACAAAAAUGAUCUGUCGGAGACGCGAUUUCUCUGAUUUCAUGCCGGAGAAUGUGGUUCAUUGUGAACAGGACGGCAUAAACCGCACGGAUUACCACAACUGCAUCCUGCACAAAACCCGCGAGAAUGGAGGCAUUUACGAGAUCGCUGAAGAACGUUCAGGAAAAUUAGAUGGCAUUUUCCGAGUAUUAGAACUCAUGUAUAAGGAUAUGUGCAAGUUCUAUAAACGUAUUGAGGAGAGGGACAGUUCAGAAAGAAUGCGGAGGGAGUGGAAAGCAGCAGCGAAAGUGAUUGAUAGGUGUUUUAUCUUGGUUUAUUUUUUUGUGAGUACGGCUUUUACCUUUUCGUGUUUGGUGAUUGCACCAUCCAUCGGAGCAUACGAGGUACCAAACAUGUUACGAGAUAAACCUUGGUGAUUGCUGGAUGGAGAGGCGCUCCGGUGAUUGGUGUGUGGACAGGCGGGCGCAUUGGUGUCCCGGGAUUGGUGUUCGCGGGGUGGGCAGGCGUAUCAAACCAUCAUUGCUCGGUGUUUGGACCCGGUUACGUCAUUCCAGUAGGAUAUCCUAAUCAUAUUAAAAUGUACAUGUAAAAAGUUGAAUUGUGUUGUGAUAUCAAAAGAUGUAGUAGUAGUCGGUCAGGUAGAGUGGGUUUUUUUAUGACAUCGACAAGGUUUGUAUAUUUCGAGAGAGACCACUUAGAGCUUAAAUCUCAUAAAACAACACGCCAAGCUUGACGUCUAUUUGCGUAACAUACGCGUAUGCCGAUCCACCGUCGUUGUGCGUAUAUCCAUGACAUUAGGACUGAUAUUCACCGCCAAUAAGUAACAACUUGGAUGAAUGAGUAGGACAUCGAAUUCUUGCAGAAAAUUCUGAGUACAAAUUACUUGGGGUACAUUUGGUGUUCGUCAUGAUAUUUUCUAUUUUCUUCUUAUGAAUAAAAUAUAUGAUGUAGCCUAUCGGAAAAUAGCAUUUUCAAUCCUUGAAAUCGUGUUUUAUUAUGUAACUGCAUAGCAUUCUUGUUGGUUAAUCUAUAAGCUGAAUCCCAGUAAAAAAGCAGUUUAAAUGAUUGAACAAGAAAUUCAUGCACAUACGUUAGUUUGGUACGAAAGAGACAUUCUCCUCAUAAGGAUGCCAGUUUUACCUCCA